AGUGUUUGUUGUAGCUUUCAGUGGCGUAUACGUCAUUUCAGAGGGACUUAUUACACACUUUUAUGUCUUAAGAAAAAUUAUGGGGAAUAAUACCAUUCGAAGUUGACAAUAAAGGGAUCGCAAUCAAGAUUCGCCCAGAGCUCAAAUAGCCUACAAAUCAGUCAAUUGAAUAACGCAUCAAUCGGCAGCGGCUGGGACUCAAAAGUGAUAAUUGGAUCAACGUUAUGAAGAAGCUGCCGAGAUGACGGCCGUUCUUGAUAUCAAACCAGCGUUAACUUUGAUGAAGUCCGAAAAAUUGGAUUAGUCGUGGCUGAACGACGAUAUGGAUAACCUACAGCUGGAUGUGGACUUCAGCGACGUGCCCCUGCUCACCCCGGGAAGCAGGGAGAUGAUGUCACAGGCCCUGAGGGCCAUGUUUAGCGGCUUCACCAAGGAGCAACAGAGACUGGGCAUGCCCAGAGACCCCAGGCACUGGUCAGAGAGCCAGGUGGGCCAGUGGCUGCUGUGGACAGUGAACGAGUUCAGCCUGAAGAGCGUGGACCUGCACUGCUUCCGUAUGGCCGGGGUAAGUCUCUGUGCCCUGGGGAAGGAGUGCUUCUUGGACCUGGCACCUGACUUUGUGGGGGACAUCCUGUGGGAACACCUGGAGAUGAUGCAGAGAGAUGUGAGGCAUUUCCCAGUCAAUGGCUUGAUGCCCACAUUCCAGGAGUCCCUUGCCAACUAUGGAACUGAACGUGCCCAGUGCAUCCUUCCAUCGGACAACUCAGAGCCAGGCUUCACCACAGAGUCCAAUCAGACACUUCUACCAACCACCUGUGAGGACCUGCUGUCAAUCAAGACUGAGAACGGACAUUCUACUGGCCCACUGGGGCCUAAGCAGAGGGACUACCUCACCAUCAAACAGGAAGUGGUCUCCCAUGACAACAUGUGCAUGGGGCACGUCAUUCGAGGUAAAAUUGGGGGCCAAGAAUCCUUUGAGAGUGUGGAGAGCCUAGAUGCUUGUGAGCGUCUCACCCAGUCCCGGGGCAGCCACUCCCACUUCUGCAGUCUGCAGCGCAUGCCCUCCUACAACAGCUUUGACUCAGACGACUACCCGGCCACGCUGCGUGGCCACCCAGCCAAAGGCACCUUCAAAGACUAUGUGAAGGAGCGCAUGGACCUGACCAAAGACAAGUCUGUCAUACCGGCAGCGGCUCUUGCGGGAUACACAGGAAGUGGUCCGACCCAGCUGUGGCAAUUUCUGUUGGAGCUCUUGACCGACACUUCCUGUCAGUCGGUCAUCAGCUGGACGGGAGAUGGCUGGGAAUUCAAAUUGACCAAUCCCGAUGAGGUGGCUAGGCGCUGGGGCCAGAGGAAGAACAAGCCCAAGAUGAACUAUGAAAAGCUGAGCCGCGGCCUGCGCUACUACUACAACAAGAACAUAAUCCACAAGACGUCUGGCAAGCGAUAUGUCUACCGCUUUGUCUGCGACCUGAACGGCCUUCUGGGAUACAGUGCAGAGGAGAUUCACGCCAUGCUUGACAUGAUCCCGGACACAGGAGAGAGAUGUGGGUGUGGUCUGGCACCACCAGGUAACAUACACGCUUGUAUAGGACAGGGGUUGCCAACAGGUUGCCUACUUUAGGAAAUUUGUUCCCAAGAAUUCCAUAAAAAAAGAUGUGAUUAUGUCUCAAUGUAAUCAAAGUAGGAAAUGAUUGUUAUUUUCAAAUACUCUUUUUAUUAUUAUGUUCUGGCAAAAAUCAUCUCAAGGCUGAAUCUAUUUGCCUACCGCUGUUGUAGGAGAUCAUGAUGAAAGCAUUUACAAUCACACAAAAAAUACAUAAUGCAAAUACAAUCAGACUCCUGUCAAGUUGCUGAAGACAAUGGAAGCGAGUUACUUGGAAAUGGACAUGGCCAUCACCCAAGGAGGUUAGAUAAUUUUAUUCAAAUGGAGCACAUGGCAAAAGAAAUGUACCCUUUGGGACCUAAGACUGGUGUUUUUCUGUGUUCAGUAUUGUUCUCUGGAAACCACAUUGACAAUCCACAGCCAUUUUAGCAGCCAAGCAUUGGGCUUUUUGUGCCAGUCUCAAAUCAAUGACUACUCUUACACAAGGGGCUACUGAAGUCCUUUUUAAUGAAUUAUUUGUUUGAGGACUGCUACAGACAUCCAGGGUAUGGAGGGUAACACUAGGUGCUCUAUAUAUCUAUCAAUGCCACCACUGUCAUGUUUCCACCUGACAAAAAUAUGUCCAAUUUGUCAUAUUUCCCUGACAAAGCCAUAAUUCACUGUCUCGACAUGCUUUGUCAUGAGUUCCCCUAAAUGUGUUAAGAGCUUUCACAUUUCGACUGUUACCCUGGGUUGUAUUCACUAGGAAAUAAAUUGAAGGAAACGGGAGGGACUACCUGAACCUGUCCAAUAAGAAACUAAUUUGUGUUGUAAAACUUUUUGCUACAGGUUGUUGCGGUGUGCCCUAUUGAAUAUGUUUAGAAAGGUGUGAAGUACUCUCAUAUUUGAGGGAACGAAACCCUACAACCAAAUGCUAAAUGCUAUCGCAAGUUCUAUAAAUAGAAGUUCCAAAAUUAUUUUACAGCAUUUGUUUAUCUUUUUUUGUAAUGUAAUAAAGUUUUGUAUAAUUGUAAAGUUUAAAUUUUUUAAAUGACAGACAGCUGGUUCUAUGCGUGGGUCUGUAUUCAUCAAGCGUCCCCGAGUAGAAGUGCUGAUCUAGGAUCAGUUUUUCCCUUUUAAGUUAAGAAGAUUACAUUGAAAGAGGGGCUGGCUGGCUGAUCCUAUAUCAACACUCUUAGUUUGAGGCUUUGUGAAUAUAGGAUUAAAAAAAAGGUGUCAGAAUCCUCUUUCUUGCUUUAUACAUACAAGAUUUGUUGGGCUGAGCCUGGCCUAUCGCUGAACAUUUAAGAGCAGAGCUUUUAUUAUGAUUUUUACAUGAGAAUGUUGUAUACCAAACAGUAUAAACAAAACUAACUGUG